AUGGGAGCCCAUAGUCUCUGUUUCAGCACCCAAGAGGAUGCGAAGGAAGCCAUAGGCCGAAUGCUCUCGUCUGGCUUCGGCAGACUGGAUGGGAAAAUCGGUGUCGAUCACCGACCAUUAUAUAGGCAAACAGGAGAGCUCUGUGAUAUGAGUGAAUCAAAGGCGUAUCUACUCAUUAAAGUCAUCAAGGUAGACAGGAUCCUCACAGCUCAACAGCGUCCCCUUAACGAAAUGGAUACAUACGUUCAAGUCACCUUCGAUGGUAUGUCGUAUUCUACUGAUGUGGUCCAGGAUGAGCUGCGGCCUGAGUUCAAGCAGGACUUUUACUUCGAGAUACGAGUUGCUAAUCCUGCGGCUCUGGACGCGAAAGCAAUCCUUGACAAGGGGACGGUGAUGUUCGACGUGUGGUUGGACGCCAGUGAGGGUUCCGGCGUAGGAGGGACCGACCAUUGUGGAUGGGCUGAGAUGGACCUCAGUGAAAUAUUCAAUGAUGGUACCUACGGACAUAUUGAGACCAUUUCGCUGCUUCAGUCAUUCCCAGGCAAAAUGGAGACGCAGACCUAUUACUCCGUUCGAAGCGGUGUGGCGACAGACUAUGAAACGAAAGUUUCCCACAUCUAUGUAGAAGCGUGGCUGAAGCCGUUCGACUUUCCCGAAGACUACCGCGUCCUCGAUGCCCCCGAGGCUUCUUUUGACUACCUGCCGCCAAAACUCAUCGGCGAAUGGUCAUCUAGAGUAGCGGAAUGGAACAAUCGAACCUCUGCUCUCAAUGAGGCCGACGCCCGACAAUUCAUAUACCAGCUGAAGGGACAGCGAGGACGACUCCACUACCUCUCAGUGUUCCUGGAUGUAAUGAAACCGCCCUCAGAGGUGGACAACCGCAAUGCUGUUUACUUCUGGGUCCGUUGUUUCCCCUACGUCGAUGCCAUGCCCGUGUAUGAGUCAUUGGCCCUGGCUCCGGAUUUCACUAUGUCCUUGCAGAAAGGUGACUCCCUUGCUCGAGCGCUGUUACACUGCAGCCUCUUGCUUGGGGUUGGCGAGGCGGCAUUCGUGUGCAUUGGUACAACUUGGGAUCGGCAACCCGCUUACUGGGUCAUGACUAUGGAGUUCGACGGCUCGAUUACUUUCUGGGAUGCAACUAUCGGUCGGCGCUCGUUCGGAAGUAUGCAGUCGAGCGUUGAUGAUCGUAACUCGGAACAGAAGCUUUUGGAUAGCACCUUAGAUGCCCCUCCACACGACCUCUAUCUCAUCAAUUCGCAACAUCAUGAAACGGAAAGCUUACACUGGAAGGACAGAACGUGGAAGCCCGUGUUGUUUGCCGAGCACCCCCUGACGCCGUACAGGACCAUUGAUGUCGUUUUCAACAAGUCCAACGUUUGGGCAAAUCUGCAAAAUCCAGACCCGACCAGGAUCUACUAUGACUUGUGGAACAACAAUUACUGGCAUCCCUUCUCAACAACACUGUCGGAGAUGCAGCCCUUCUUUAGUUCUUCAUCGAAUAGGAUGCCAAGAAGCGAUCAAUGGAUGGAGGACAAUAGACGUGAGGUGUAUAGUCAUAUCCAUGAAGCAAUAGAAGCAUACAGACAAAAUCAGUCCUCUACGGUUGUGUGGCAGAAGGACGCAGUGCUCACGAGCUAUCUCGAGAAAGGCCUCCAACUUAUGUUCCAGUAUGAGAUAGCAUCAGAUCAUGACCAACCGGUAGCAAGUGAACGCAUGGCAGACUGGCGACGACUACUCUACAGCAAGGUUCCGAACGGAAUGAAUCUUAUUUGUCUACCUAUGUUCUUCAACUAUACGUCUCCCAAAGACGUCGCGGAUGGUAUUGUUGCCCGAUGCGGCUUCUUGAAUUGCCGUGAGGCUGGUACUCAAUUCACUGUCGCUGUCCAUCUGGACCGCAUGCCGAACAGGCUCGUGGCACUCUUCGUGUGUGUGGCUAUGAUUCACAACAUGCCCGAUUUGCAAAUACAGGAAGUUCUAGCCCGUCGGCAAAAAGAACAACGCGAGCAGGAUAUUUUCGCGGACGAAGAUUACAUUAAUCUUAUCCAAAUGACGGAGGCCAAUGCGGCUGCCUGGGACAACCGGGACAGCGAUGAUAUACUCACCAGAGACAUCGACUAUAUAGUUGAAAGAAUAGAGGGGAUGCAAGCCGGUGACUCUAGUGUGGACUUCGGGGUUUCUAGAGCCUCCACGAUGAAUCAGUCAAGUGGAGCUCUGGCUUCCAUGCUCAAUGAUGCCCAUCGAGAAGACAGGAUUCAAACCCCGAGCGGAUGGGCUGAUGAAGUGCAUUCUGAAUAUGUGAAGCUGACCGACCGCGGGAUCGUGGCAGAGUACAGGAAAGACGUCGGAGCGGAGAAGAACGAACUCGCGCUGGGCAUGGUGAUCGGCGACGCGCCAGUGGAACACUUCCGUUUCAUUGGUUGGUAUUUCGAAGUCAAAUUGCUCGAGAGGCAAGAGCUGGAGGGGGAUGAGUGGGAUGACGGUCUCACACUGGGGGUCACGUCGGCAACUCCUGAAGACAUACUAGCAGAAGGUAUACCUUGGUCACUGGCUGACUUGGAUGGGUCUUGGUCGAUGGGAUACGACGGAAGGUCGUAUUGCAGCGACACCGAUGUGUUUGAGGAUCUCGAGUGA